AUGGUUAAGUUAACUCCAAUCGUAGCCGCUACCGCCAUGGCUGCUUCAGCCCAGGCCGCCUAUGUCAACUCCACUGUCACUGUCUCAGAAGUUACUGUCAUUACUAUCACCUCCUGUAGCGAUGAAGUCUGCACCUUAACCUCUGUUCCUGUUACUCAGGUCAGCACUGUCACUGUUGAAGUCAUCGACACUUCCACCACCACUUACUGUCCAGAAUCUGACACUUCUGCUGCUAUUCCACCACAAACCGACACUGUCAGCGUAGUUGAAACUCUUACCACCACUACCUGUCCAGAAUCUGACACCACCCCAGCUCCAGCUCCAGAGACUCCAGCUCCAGAAGCUCCUGCUGCUCCUGAAACCCCAGCUGCUCCAGUUGAAACCCCAGCUGCUCCUGAAGCUCCUGCCGCUCCUGAAACUCCUGCCGCUCCUGAAGCUCCUGCUGCUCCUGAAACUCCAGCUGCUCCUGAAGCUCCAGCUGCUCCAGAAACUCCUGCUGCUCCAGCUGCUCCAGAAACUCCAGCUGCUCCAGUUGAAGUUGAAACCCCAGCCCCAGCUGCCCCAGCCGAGGGAAGCACCAUCACUGUUAACGAAUUCCUUACUGUCUACACCACCAUCGCAUCUGCUCCAGCUCCACCAUACGGAAAUGCCACCGUUCCUGCUAGCGUUCCAACUGGUAUUCCAAGUAACGGCACCCUUUCCACCUUCGAAGGUGCCGCCGCCGGCAACAACGUUGUUGGAAACUCUUUCCUUGCCGUGGUCAUUCUCCCAUUGGCUGCCCUUUUGUUCUAG